AUGUACACGGCCUCUUCGGCCUUCUUCGAGGCGCUGUGGGAGGCCGGUGUCACUCACUGCUUUGUGAACUUGGGGUCGGACCACCCGAGCAUCAUUGAAGCCAUGGUCAAGGGUGCUCGUGAACGCAAGGGCAACUUUCCACGAAUGAUUACCUGUCCAAACGAGAUGGUUGCCAUGUCCAUGGCAGACGGCUAUGCUCGAUUGACUGGCAAGCCUCAAUGCGUCAUUGUCCACGUUGAUGUUGGCACACAAGGCCUUGGAGCGGCUGUGCACAACGCCGCCUGUGGUCGUGCCCCGGUACUGGUCUUUGCUGGUCUUUCGCCAUUCACUCUUGAAGGUGAGCACCGCGGCAGCCGUACCGAGUACAUCCACUGGAUUCAGGAUGUCCCCGACCAGAAGCAGAUCGUUGCCCAGUACUGCCGCUACACUGGCGAGAUCAAAACGGGUGCCAACGUCAAGCAGCUGGUCAACCGUGCGCUGCAAUGGGCCAAAUCAGGGCCUCAAGGGCCGGUAUAUCUGUACGGCGCUCGAGAGGUUAUGGAGCAGGAGAUUAAGCCCUACCAGCUGAGACAGAGCGACUGGGACCCCGUGAAGCUUGGCAGUUUACCCAAGCCGGCGGUCGACACGAUAGCAGAUGCUCUUGCCGGUGCCAAACGCCCCAUGGUUCUGACGGGUUACGGCGGCAGAAACCACGAGUUCCCCAGAGCCUUGGUAGAGCUCGCCAACCUUGUUCCCAACCUGAGGGUAGUAGACUGUGGAGGCAGCGACAUGUGUUUCCCAUUCGACCACCCCGCUUCGCUCGGCCUCAACUACGGAGGUGAAAAGUCCAUCGCUGACGCCGAUGUCAUUCUCGUCAUCGAUGCCGACGUACCCUGGAUUCCCACUCAUGUCAAGCCGAAUCCCGAUGCCAAGGUGUUCCACAUUGACCUCGAUCCGCUCAAGCAGCAAAUGCCCGUCUUCUACAUUGAGUCUCAGGCCACCUACCGUGCCGACAGCCAGCUAGCUAUUGAGCAGCUGACCGAGGCUCUCAAGUCCGGUGAGCACGCCAAGAAGCUGCAGGCCCAGGACGUUGCGCAGAUUGCCGAGAAGCGGAAACAGGAGCAUGAAGCUCGUCUUGCCAAGAUUGCCAAGGCAGCUGAGCCUCUGGCCGACGACAGCUUUGGAACCGGCUAUCUGUGCAGGCAGGUCAAGAAACUGGUUCCCGAGGACACCUUGUGGGCCAUUGAGGCCGUGACCAAUACCGUCUUUGUGUACGACAACAUCCAGCCGUCGACUCCCGGAUCAUGGAUCAACUGCGGCGGCGGUGGUCUCGGCUGGUCUGGCGGUGGUGCGCUGGGCAUGAAGCUGGCCACUGAUGCGGAGAAUGGAGGCAAGAACAAGGGCAAGUUUGUCGUCCAGAUUGUGGGCGACGGCACCUAUCUAUUUACUGUCCCCGGAAGCGUGUACUGGAUUUCGAAACGCUACAACAUUCCCAUCCUGACCAUUGUGCUCAACAACAAGGGAUGGAACGCUCCUCGACGGUCACUGCUGCUGGUCCAUCCCGAGGGACUGGGCUCUCAGGCGAGCAACGAGGAGAUCAACAUUUCGUUUGACCCGUCACCGGACUACUCGGGCAUUGCCAAGGCUGCUGCCGACGGCGACAUUUUCGCUGCCCGAGUGAGCGAGAGGUCCGAGCUGGAGGACGUGCUGAAGAAGGCCAUUGCGCACGUCGAGAACGGCCAGUCGGCGGUGGUGGAUGUCAAGGUUGCGUCGGGAUGCUGA